UACUGAAAAGAAAGAAGAGAAAACAAGAGAAGAAGAAUUGGAGGAUGAGCAGAAGAAAUUGGAUGAGGAGAUGGAAAAACGGAGGAGAAGAGUACAAGAGUGGCAAGAGUUGAGGAGGAAAACGGAGGAAUCUGAGAGAGAAAAGCAAGGUGACGGGAAUGAUAAUGCACCCCAGGCCGGUAAGGCAUGGACUCUUGAAGGAGAAUCUGACGAUGAAGAAGCUCCUACAGAGGAAAAACCCGAAACAGAAAUGGACAUUGAUGGAGACACCAAACCUGGAGAUGUUGGAGAUGCCAUGUUGGUGGACUCUGAGAAUGGAACAGCUGCUGCCUCUCAAGGUGGAGGUGAUGGAUCAGAUGCUGAAGAGGAAAUUGAUCCUUUAGAUGCUUUUAUGAAUUCUAUGGUACUCCCUGAGGUUAAGAAGCUUAGCAAUACUGCCCCUCUCCCAAUAAUUGAAGAUGGUAAUGCGGACACUAAGAGAAAUGGCAAUCCAAAUGGUGAACAAUCGAAGAAAGGUUCUAAUAAGGCACUUGGUAGGAUUAUCCAAGGGGAAGAUUCUGAUUCUGAUUACGGAGAACCUGAGAAUGAGGAGGAGGAUCCGGCUUUAGAUGAAGACGAUGAGGAUUUCAUGAAGAGGGUAAAGAAGACAAAAGCAGAGAAACUAUCCCUCGUUGACCAUUCAAAGAUUGACUACGAACCUUUCCGGAAAAACUUUUAUACCGAAGUGAAGGAGAUAUCUAGGAUGACCCAAGAAGAAGUUAACGCUUACAGGAAGGAAUUGGAGUUAAAGGUACAUGGGAAGGAUGUGCCACGACCUGUGAAGUUCUGGCACCAGACUGGGCUUACCAGUAAAAUCCUGGAUACCAUAAAGAAGUUUAAUUUUGAAAAGCCUAUGCCUAUCCAGACACAGGCACUUCCGGUUAUAAUGAGCGGCCGAGACUGCAUUGGGAUUGCAAAAACUGGGUCAGGAAAAACCCUGGCUUUCGUAUUGCCAAUGAUCAGGCAUAUCAAAGAUCAGCCUCCUGUGGUUGCAGGGGAUGGGCCGAUCGGGCUCGUGAUGGCACCUACCAGGGAACUUGUCCAGCAGAUUCACAGUGAUAUCAAGAAGUUUACCAAGGUAAUGGGUAUAAGAUGCGUGCCUGUAUAUGGAGGAUCUGGGGUUGCCCAGCAAAUCAGUGAACUUAAGCGAGGGACUGAGAUUGUGGUAUGUACUCCUGGCAGGAUGAUUGAUAUUCUUUGCACAAGCGGUGGGAAGAUCACCAAUCUGCGGAGAGUCACCUACUUGGUUAUGGAUGAAGCUGAUCGUAUGUUUGAUAUGGGAUUUGAGCCUCAGAUAACUCGGAUCAUUCAAAACAUUCAACCGGAUAGGCAAACUGUGCUGUUUUCUGCCACUUUUCCACGUCAAGUUGAAGUUCUGGCCCGUAAAGUGUUGAACAAACCUGUAGAAAUACAGGUUGGUGGAAGGAGUGUCGUGAACAAGGACAUAGCUCAAUUAGUGGAAGUGAGGCCUGAGAGUGAAAGGUUUUGGAGGCUUUUAGAACUUCUUGGGGAAUGGUAUGAGAAAGGAAAAAUCUUGAUUUUUGUUCACUCACAGGAAAAAUGUGAUGCCUUGUUUAAGGAUUUGCUUAAACAUGGUUAUCCGUGUCUCUCUCUCCACGGGGCUAAGGAUCAGACUGAUCGUGAAUCCACAAUAUCUGAUUUUAAGAGCAAUGUCUGCAAUUUGUUGAUUGCAACAAGUGUUGCAGCCAGGGGUCUAGAUGUGAAAGAGCUGGAGUUGGUUGUAAACUUUGAUGCUCCAAACCACUACGAAGACUACGUCCACCGUGUUGGCAGGACAGGCAGGGCAGGACGAAAAGGUUGUGCUGUCACAUUUAUCUCUGAGGAUGAUGCAAGAUAUGCUCCGGAUCUCGUCAAGGCUCUGGAACUGUCUGAGCAGCCUGUUCCAGAUGAUCUGAAGGCACUGGCUGAUAGUUUCAUGGCGAAAGUGAAACAGGGUCUCGAGCAAGCCCAUGGAACAGGCUAUGGUGGUAGUGGAUUUAAAUUCAACGAAGAGGAGGAAGAAGUUAGGAAAGCAGCAAAGAAAGCACAAGCAAAGGAGUAUGGUUUCGAGGAAGAUAAAUCCGAUUCAGAAGACGAGGAUGACGUUGUACGAAAGGCGGGUGGUGAUAAUAUCUCACAGCAGACAGCUACUCUUGCUCAGAUAGCCGCCCUAGCUGCCGCUAAAGUUACCGCUCCUGUGACCGCUGGCCAAUUGCUGCCAAACGGGGUCGGGCUUGCUGCUCUGCCCGGUGUCCUUCCGGUUCCUGGUGUGUCCAUUCCCGGGACUGCGAUUCCAGCCAUUCCGAGUGAUGGAGCAGCCCGUGCUGCAGCAAUCGCAGCUGCCAUUAACCUGCAACAUAACCUAGCCAAGAUCCAAGCUGAUGCCAUGCCCGAACAUUACGAAGCGGAAUUGGAAAUCAACGAUUUCCCUCAAAAUGCUCGGUGGAAGGUUACCCACAAAGAAACUCUGGGUCCAAUAUCGGAGUGGACUGGAGCCGCCAUCACUACGAGAGGUCAAUACUUCCCGCCAGGGCGUAUCCCAGGACCAGGGGAUCGCAAGCUCUACCUGUUCAUUGAAGGGCCUACAGAAAAAUCCGUCAAGACAGCCAAGGUUGAACUGAAACGCGUACUUGAAGACAUUACCAAUCAGGCCUUGUCACUUCCCGGCGGAUCACAGCCUGGCAGAUACUCCGUCUUAUAGUGUAAGUUUCAAUCCCUAAUCUGAUUCAGUUGCAUUGCAUUCAUACGAUAUAUUCUAGCAGUUACCGGAUUUUAGUUCUCAUUGCCAUCGGGAUCUUAACUUUCACUCCCAAACAUCCAAAAAAGACGGGAGAGUAGGUGUCUGAAUAAGGGAGGCAAAUCACUGACAACAUUUUUUCCCCAUAAAACUUUUCUUAGAUUAUCGUUGCUAAUUCUUCCCUGUUGAUCAAAUGUCCAGUUCUCCCCUUUUUGAUUUUUUUUUUCUUCUUCUGUAUAUCCCAUCCAUGGUCUCGAGGGAAUCGCGUAUGCGUCAUGCUCGCGAGUGGUGGCUGUCGAAGAGUAUGAAGGUUCCGGUGAAAUCAUAAUCUCCCGAGACCGUCCUCUUGAAGUCAGUCGCUCUUUGUUACGGCCAAAUCUGAGGGGGCCCGUCUCGUCUCGUCUCGUCUCGUCUGGUAUGGUGUUUAACUGUAACUAGACUAGAGGGGUUGUGUUUUUUUUUUCUUUUUUUUUUUUAUUUGGGGCUAAUUGGACGAGAGACUUUACAAGAGGAGUUGUGAUGAAACUGAACAUGUCUUGUUACUUGAUUCUUAUAUAUAUAUCUUUAUAUAUUAAGGAGGAGGAAGGGUUGACACGUGUC